UCAGCCCCAAAAAACGCCAGUGAUGAGUUUGCGUCAGUCAAGUUAUACAAGUUUCAUCACAAAGCCGGUACCAUCACAAAUGAGACGUAAGCAGUUGCAAAAUGGCCGUCGCAGCUACAGGACGUUGCUCCUUUAUUGUUUUAUUAUUUAUAUCACAAAUUGUCAAUUCGCAAAAUGAAUACAAAAUUCCCGAUGUCACCAUACAAGCAUUAAGCCCAAAAGGAAUACGGAUCUUUAUUCCAGAUAAUUCAAAAUUAAGUUUAUUUGCUUUCAACGGAAAAAUAAACAAACCGAUAAGUCAGAACGAUGUUGGUGAAAUUUCUGCUGAAAUUACUGCACCGAAGAACGGCAUGUGGAUUUACGAAGAUCCUCAUUUAGAACUUAAAGUUGGCGACGUUAUCAAUUAUUAUGUAUUCGUUGUUUACGAUCGGGCAGGAUACGUUAAGGAUAAAAUUAGGUUUACUGUAACAGAAUUAGUAAGUCCGGACAAUCAACCAAGUACGACAAGACCAACGGAAUGUCGGCCAACUGUGACAAGACUACGCGUCGGCACCGCGUGCUCUGGCCAGACAAUAUUCGAGGACAACUUCAACAGCCUGCGCGAGGACUUGUGGCAGAUCGAGCAAUACAUACCAGAUCAGCCUGAAUACCCGUUUGUAUCGUAUCAACGACCACCAAAUGCGGAGACAGUGACCAUAGAUAACGGAUAUUUACGCAUUGAGCCGAAGCUGCAGCAGGAACAAGAUGGCUUCAGUGAAGAAUCCUUAUACACUGGAUCACUCAACCUCUUCAGCGGGUGCACGAGGACAGCAGAAUCGUGCGGUGCGACCGCGAUGGGCGCUAGUAUACUGCCGCCGGUGGUGAGCGGUCGACUUACGAGCAAAUCCUUUGCAUUCACGUACGGCAUUGUUGAAGUCAGAGCGAAACUACCACAGGGAGAUUGGCUUUAUCCAGAAAUUCUACUAGAGUCUUUGCUUAAAAAGUACGGCACCCCCAAAUUCGCAUCAGGCGUAAUAAAAAUCGCAGGAGCACUCGGUAACCGAGAUCUCAGGCUUGGUCCCGAUGAAUAUGGAAAUAAGAUUCUGUAUGGAGGUCCAAUAAUGAACUUAGCGUGUAGAGAAGUUCUAACAGGCCGAAAGGAGCUGUUCAAUGGACCUCAGUGGGGGGACCAAUUUCAUGUUUACUCAGUACAGUGGACACCAGAUCAUAUGAUCUUCAGUGUGGACGGUGAAGAGUGGCUGCGUGUGGAGCCGACGGCGAGCGGUCUUAAAGGCCGCUUCAAUCGUUUCUGUGACAUUCCGCGCACAUUCCUCUCUUUUGGAACUAAGAUGGCGCCUUUUGAUGACCAUUUUCAAUUAACGCUGGGGGUGGCCGCUGGAGGGAUCACGGAGUUCAAAGAUGACGUCAUUACUGGCGACGGACACCCGAAACCCUGGAACAACAGGAACAGAAAAGCUAGCUAUAACUUCUGGAGAGACUUGCCCGCCUGGAAACCGACAUGGAGUCAGCCUGCUCUACAAGUGGAUUAUGUCAAAGUCAUAGCUUUAUAAUAAAACAAAAUAGGCACAAUAUUAGUAAUAAACUAAUUUAAAUAAAA